UAAAGUCCUAGCGGGAGCGCCGCGCCUAAGAGGAAUUGAGUGGGAAAUGAGAUGCGAUGACAUGAGAAGAGUAGAGGAGGUGACUUGACCUUGAUCUGGCAUUCCCAUUUGCCUCGUGCUUCCAUUCUACGCCCAACAUCCGCUGGUUUGGUCUUGUCAUUGCCGUGUCCUGUUCUGAAAAGGCAAUCUUACCCUACCGCGAUUGCCACAGCUCAGCUCCAGCUACAGCUAGGUACUGCCACUACCACAGCUACUCGUGCAGCCUGUCCCCAGGGAGAAAGCGCAAUUACAGCCUGGAGCGAACCAUCGCGACACGCCUGUACCAUCUGAAAGGACCUCGCCACAGCAAUCUCAGUGCCUUACAGCACACGCCCAUGGUACUGUAAAGUUCAGUGAAUAAAGAACCCCCGAGUGAAUCAAGCCACCUCGCCCACCACCAAGUGCCCCGGGCUCUGCUCGCCUUCAAAAGCUCCCGUUCCCAGGUUCCUGCGAAGAAGCCAACGUCUUCUCACAGCCAAGUCAUCUCAACUGCAAUUUGAAGAAACCAAGGCCCAGCUGGUCCUGUGCCGGUGGUGCUGCUGGUAGUGGUACUUACUGGUUCUGGUAGUGGUACUUACUGGUUCUGGUAGUGGUACUUACUGGUUCUGGUAGUGGCACUCGUACUGGUAUUGCACUGUACGGCACUGCGUUACGUUGCGUUGCGUGCCCUGCCCUGCGCUUGCGGAGAAAUCACACAAGCUCUUGUCCGACGGGCGCCGAACCCCAACCCCAACGCCAAAAAGUUCCAGUUCCCACUACGAGAAAUCUUGCACCCUCACAUUCACCUUCACCUUCACCCAUUCCUCUCUCCUCUUCUCCUCUUCCGCCUCUCGACCUCUCCUCCCUCUCCUCUCUCGUUCUCCUCGCCAUCAUCGUCCUCCCGGCUCUGCACACUCCAUUCUUCCCUUUAGCCCUUUGGGUGUGAGGUUGAGCGACUCUGGGCCACCUGCCCACCUCACGCAUUGAAUCGAGGGGGUCGCAUACCUAACCAUUGACUGCACCGCAUCCUGGGAACUCUCUACCGGCUCCCGACCCACGCCCACGCAACACCACUCCAACGCUACCUCUCACCUUUCCCUCCCCUUCCCGCCAGCCAACAUGUCGACGGUCGGUUCUGCAAGGGUUCCUGUGGCCAGCGAAAAGACGAAACCUUCUCCCUCGGUCUCGUCGACCUCUUCUUCUGUUGGUUCGCCUGUAACACGACCGGUACCGUCUCAGAAUGGCCUCAAAGUUCCAAGCAAUGAGAUCACGCUCAAUGGCACUGCGCCACUGGCAGAGCCACAAAAACCAAUCCCUGCACACACAACAGCAGAAAAACCGUCGAUGACGAAGCGCUUGACACGCAUGUUCUCAACCAAGGAUGCUUCUAGAAAUGAUUCCUCAUUAAAUUCCCCUGUUUCUGCCACUUUUUCUUCCUCUCGUCCAGAUUCCGCAACGUCUACACGAUCGAAACCCACCGCGCCUUCUCGUAAAACCUCCACCACCGACAAACCACCCAAACAGGACAAACCCGAAAAGCCCACCACGGCGCCCUCAAAGGACAAGAAGAAUGGAGCGACUGUCGCUCAGCUCCGGUUCGUUUCAGGUCUUGAUGUACCUGGCGGCCACGAACAUCACUUGAAGAGUACGAAGCGACAAGAGAAACUCUCGGAUAUGCUGCGAAAUGUCAUCAGUGGCAAGCAAAGAAACGCUGACCACCCCCAGGAAAGCGAUCAGCAGUUAUCUCUCAUGUCAACAUGGGUGGAUCAGUUAAAAAGCGAAAGAGAAACCCUGGCUUCCGACAAGAAGGGCGGACCACGAGAGACGGCGACCUUGGUAGAAAAGUACGGCAAAUGUCAAGAAAUUGUGGGCCGAGGUGCAUUUGGUGUGGUCAGAAUAUCCCACAAACGGUCGGAAAAUGGAAAUGAGCAGCUUUAUGCCGUCAAGGAAUUCAGAAGACGCCCAGAGGAGAGCGAAAAGAAGUAUAGCAAGCGUCUUACUUCCGAAUUUUGUAUAUCCUCGUCCUUGCGACACCCCAACGUUAUCCAUACACUCGACCUUCUCCAAGAUGCCAAAGGCGACUAUUGCGAAGUCAUGGAGUUCUGUGCCGGUGGCGAUUUAUACACGCUGGUCCUUGCGGCGGGCAAACUCGAAGUUGCAGAGGCCGAUUGUUAUUUCAAACAAAUGAUGCGGGGUGUGGAAUACAUGCAUGAAAUGGGAGUUUCGCAUCGAGAUCUGAAGCCAGAGAACCUACUUCUCACAACCCAUGGUUCUCUUAAAAUCACGGAUUUUGGAAAUGGCGAAUGCUUUCGUAUGGCUUGGGAAACCGAUGCACACAUGGUCACGGGUCUUUGUGGCUCUGCUCCAUAUAUUGCUCCCGAAGAAUACACGGAGAAGGAGUUUGAUGCCCGCGCCGUGGAUGUUUGGGCUUGUGGUGUAAUCUAUAUGGCCAUGCGUACUGGUCGCCAUCUAUGGCGUGUUGCCAGAAAGGACGAAGACGAAUUCUACGCAAAGUAUCUGGAAGGCAGAAAGGACGAGGAGGGUUACGGGCCCAUUGAAUCAUUACAUCGGGUAUGUAUUGACUUUGUGUUUUUUCUGCGACAAACUAACGCUACGAGCUAACAAAGACACAGGCUCGUUGCCGUAAUGUGAUAUAUUCCAUCCUGGAUCCGAAUCCUGCGCGUCGUAUCACCUCGUCACAAGUUCUCAAAUCCGAAUGGGGCCGUGAAAUUAAAAUAUGUAAGGCUGGCGAAGAAGGUCUCUAA